AUGUCUACGAGAAGCAAAAGAAUAAUAUAUUCAGAAGCUGAUUGUCAUACGCUUGUGGAUAUAAUUAUUUCUCAUAAGAAUAUUAUCGAAUGUAAGAAAACAGAUGCCACAACUUGGAAAGAGAAGAUAACUGCAUGGGCAAAAUUAGCAGAUAUUUAUAAUGCCACUACUAUGGAGCCAAGAACAGCUGAACAGUUACGUUGCAAAUACGAUAACCUAAAAAAAGAAGUGCGCAAGCUCGAGGCUCACAAAAGACAAGCGUUAUAUCAGACUGGUGGUGGUGUGAGCGAACCUGAUAUAAAAGAUACAUUGCAGCAAGCUUUAGAAGAAGAUAUUCUAUCUGAUAACCUGCCAAAAGAGACAGUUGCUGAACAAAAAAAUGAUAUUUUUAAGAAUAGUGAAUCUGAAGUAAAAGAAAACGAAAUGCUGACAGAAACAAAGAAAGAUCCUGAAAUUAAGAAAGACUGGUCAGAUUACACUCCUAAAAUGUUACGAAGCAAAAGACAUAGAGUAUUACAAGUGAAGAGAAAGGCAACUGAUCACCAAAGUGAAGAUGAUAAACAAAAUUUAAAGAGGAAAUUAAUGGAGGAGGAAGCCCAAAGAAAUAAGGAAUAUCAUAUUGCACGUAUGGAACGAGAAGCAGAAAUCCAUAAGUACAAAAUAGAAAAUAUAAGAUUGCAAAAUGCAAAAUUGCAAUUGGAGAUAGAGUUGCUAAAAAAACAAUUAUAAAGGAAAUAAAAGUUUAGUUAUAC